UUAUUUACAACCAGAGUGCUUAUUAUCAAGUAUUCUUGUUUCUAUUAGAUAAGCACUGGUACAGCUGCACACCCGAAUACCUCAAAGUAACAGGCAAACAACGAACCGAUUACCUUAUCGCCCAACGUAAUUAAAUACAUGCCAUAUACAUAAAAUAAUAAAGAAAUGAACUCAUGAGAAAAACAGAUCGUACGUGCCCUCCCUGCAUCCCGUGUUCCCCUGCUUUUUGUAUUUGCGUAUUUGGCCUUCUGCUGCCCGACAAGGCGCAGAUAGAAUCGUUCUGUUCGCUGUGCAACAUAAACCCUCUAAAACAAGUAAUUACAUUUCCCUGCUUGCCACGUAACGACACAUGGCGACACUGUAACAUAGCAACCAAUGCAUCUGUUGUCAAUGGCAACCAGCCAAUUUCGAUGUGCAUAACAGAAUAUGUGUACUGUAGCAACCGAACAAGUAAACUGGUCCUAGGUAACGAGAAGACUUGGGGGAAAGUUGAGAACGACAGGGAGUUGGCUGGAGGCUAUUUUUUCCAUUGUUCCACACAUCCAUUAUACAAUAUUAGCUGUGCAGACAUACACGUAUACGGAAGGCUCCAUCCUUACAAGACGACUCUCCAUUCGGAACCUCGUUGACUUCUUGAGCUUGCUCCAUCUGUCCGCUUCUUUGAAUCCAGUGAAAAUUGUUCAGCCGGGGCUAUUAGAUCGCGCGGACCACACCACCGAAGACAGCCGCAUAAAUAAAAUCACACAAGCGGGGGUGGA